GCUAAGCUAGACAGCUGGGGGGUGAUGGUGAGCAAGGUGUGAAGCGGGAAAAUGGCAAUUCCCAUAUUCAGGGCCUCAAUUUCUCAGUCUCAGAUUCAACCAUCCAUUCAUUACUUUUCUGCUACCCGUUCACGCGUAGAUGAAACUAACAAGAAGAGGAAGAUGGUCCUUUCUUGUUCUCCCUCCCAAUUCCGUCCAACUCGGUCAGAGGUGUCAUUUUCUGUUGGGACAUACCUCAUUCCGCAUCCAAAGAAGGUUGACAGAGGCGGGGAAGAUGCUUUCCUUGUAAGCAGCUAUGAGGGGGGAGUAAUUGCUGUUGCUGAUGGCGUCUCUGGUUGGGCUGAAGAGGACGUGGAUCCUUCACUAUUCCCCCGUGAAUUGCUGGCUAAUGCUUCCAGUUUUGUGGGGGAUGAGGAGGUGAACUAUGAUCCUCAGAAUCUCAUAAGAAAAGCACAUGCUGCAACUUCCUUUAUAGGAUCAGCUACUGUCAUUGUUGCUAUGCUGGAGAAGAAUGGGACUCUGAAGAUUGCCAAUGUCGGCGAUUGUGGAUUAAGAGUUAUUCGCUGUGGUGACGUAGUCUUUGCCACCUCUCCUCAAGAACAUUACUUUGACUGUCCAUUUCAAUUGAGCUCUCAAAAGGCUGGCCAGACAUACCUUGAUGCAGUGGUGAGCAAGGUAGAGCUGAUGGAAAGGGAUACAAUUAUCAUGGGAUCCGAUGGGCUUUUUGAUAAUGUUUUUGACCAUGAAAUGGUCUCAAUUAUUGCUAGUUACACUGAUGUUUCUGAAGCUGCAAAGGCAUUAGCUAACUUGGCAAGCAAUCAUGCGAAGGAUUCGAAUUUUGAUUCUCCCUAUUCAAUAGAGGCCAGAUCCAGGGGAAUUGAAGUUCCCUUUUGGAAGAAGAUUCUUGGAAUGAAGCUUAUAGGCGGAAAGCUAGAUGAUAUCACUGUGAUUGUUGGGCAGGUUGUGAGUUCAUGAGAUUUUCUGUUCUCCCCCGAGGAUCAUUUCACUGCACAGCUCAGUGUGGAUCAGGCAAGCACGAGAAUGACAUGGAUCGUUCCUCCUACAACGGUUUUAGAUGUCCUCCAGGAGGACGCGGAGGAGCUGCUCUCACGGGAGCACAGAUUUUUCCUUUUUCUUUUUCUUUUUUGGUUAAGUCUAAAGUAGAAGAGACCUUGGAAGACCUGAAUUGUUGAGACCUUGCGCAUGAACACUUGAAUUUCUUGGAGCUCUGAAUAAUAAGAAUUUAUUUAAGGACA